CGGUCAACCUCCCUCACCUAAGGUAAGGUAGGGACGAAGCCAACAGCGACGGGAACUGGGCGGUACUGGCACGUAGGUACUGAUCUAGGAGGCAAAUAAGAACCGAUCGGUUCCGCCGUCGUUGCAGCACUUUUUGCGCAAAACAAUUCUUCCAUGAUUUAAGACGUCGUUGCCAGCCAACUCAACAUUACGAAAUAGACAAGUACAUACCGACCUACCUCCAUGCCUUAGGUACCUACCUACCUACCUAGCUACUACCUAGGUCCGUCUGCAUUUCCACACUCCUGUGUUUUCCUACUGCAUUUCCGUUCGCGGCAUCUCUUCUCAUCGUCAAGAAAAUCUUGUUCCACGCUUUUCUACCUUGCACAGCCUGUGUUCCGUUAUGGCUGCGAAUUACUUUGAUGCCGAGGAGGAUGAGCUGGCGCCCUUUCGCCCGGUCCUCGCUGUCGUUCGAAAGAAUGAAAUUCCCCUAGAGGCCAAAAAGAUCUGGAACAGCGCAUAUCCCGACCGUAGUCUGCUUCACUUACCCAUUGUUCGACAGCCACAUCAUGGGUCCUACAACAUCCUAUUUGAAGUCCAAUUCACCUUCAAAGACAAAAGGGAAGAAAUAUGGCUUCUCAAAAUCCCCAUCAACGGGAUACCCAGUUAUUGGGACACCCUUUGCACCAACGAGCUGGAAUCAGAAGCUCGGACAAUGCAGCUCAUUCGCAAUCGCACCACAAUCCCCGUCCCCGAAGUCUUUGGAUACGAAAAAACUUGCGACAACCCUCUCAAAUGCCCGCACAUCUGGCUCUCCUUCAUCCCUGGCAUUUCUUUGUACGACUUCUGGCAUGCCGAGACCUCGGAAGCAAAUCGCACCAGCCGCCGAACUCACGUGCUCAAGGGGGUGGCGUCAGCAAUGGUUCAGUUGAGCAAGUUCUCGUAUAACGAGGGCGGCCGAUUGUUGUUUGACAGCAAGGGUCAGGUGAAACAGGUUGUUCACCGCCGUGAGCGGGACUCUGUCGAAUCUGAUGCGCGCCUGGACAAAGAUAACUACAUGCCUGCCUACCGCUCCAGUGGUCCUUACGGGAAAGCCAAGCAGUUUUAUACCACUGCGCUCGACAGGUACAACCCUGGCACGGAUUUCUUGCGUGGCCAAAAGCGACUUCUGGAGUUUUUCAUCGACUGCGUGGACGAAUUUUUUGCAGAUUAUCGUCAGUCCUUUGUCCUCGCCCACCCGGACUUCAGCUUGCAGAACUUCCUUGUCGACAAGUACGGAAACCUCACUGGUAUUAUCGAUUGGGACGGUGUCGGCGCCUGGCCCAAGUCACUGGGCAACCUCAGCUACCCCGGCUGGCUGACUCGAGACUGGGAUCCAGGUAUGUACGGGUGCGACCCCGCCGGACAGCUCUUAUAUCACGAAGUCCCAGAGGAUUCGCCACAGACGCUAGUUCAUUGCCGCUACAUCUAUCAAACAGCCAUCGUUGAUGCCAUUGUCGAGAACAAUAUGCAAAAGAACUACCGGAACCAGAACACAAGCGCUACACUCAUAACCGAGAAUCUUUACAUCGCGGCCACACACCCGAUGCGCAGCGGAAAUAUUCUGAAGAAAAUCGUCGACGAGAUAGCCAAGGUUGCCGAGGUACCUUAUCCUUACAGUAUGGAAUUCCUUUACAGGGACCUAUGCUACGGGUUUGCCGAAGGCAAACUACCUAAUGAGGUGCUGGCUCCUGUAAAAGGGGGCUUUACGGCGUUGCUGCGGAGCACGGAUUUGUAGAAGAUGGCCAAAGUGAUGACCCGCCAACGGUUUUGCCAGAAAUUAUGUCCUCCUUCGAAGCUAUUUCGCGGCCUCUCCAUGCCGAUCAACCUAGAUGAGAACACCUCGCCCCUUACGAAUUCCCCAUGCUAGCAUCCCACACCCCGGCAGGCGCGCAGCAAGCAUGUUGAGGCUGUCUCGAGCGCACCGUUUACCCCUCGAGGGAGCCCUCUGACUCGCGCUCAAAGUUAUGCUGGGGGAUGAUGGCAGAAUGUUAUCUAGGCUGCGGAUCGGUUGGGUCUUCCCCCCCCCUUGUAACACUAGACACCCGUACGAAAUAUAGAGAGAUUUAACUUGCGUAUCC